AAGAUGCUGAGAGAUAGAGACUUCCAGAAUGCACAGACUCCUACAGGAAAGGGCUGCCGAAGUCCCCUUUAGACUCCACCUUCACUGAGAGAGACGGGGAGAGAAACAGACUUAGGGCACCAGCGUGCUGCAGCACUUUCAGAGGAGUUUCAUCUGUGCCCCUGCUGUGGACUCAGUCAGAGAACUCCAGAAUUCUCACUGCAGAGAGGAAAAAUGCCAUUGAAAGUCACUAUGCAACUAGCAUGGCUCUGUGUUAUCACCUUGUCCUUGGCCAUCUACCCAGCGUGGCUGCAGAAGUCUCCCAAGAAGAGAACGACCAACGGGAACACCCAGCUCAAAAUGAUGGGCUGCUGCAAUGAGAUGAAAGAGCUCAAGCUGCAGAUAGCCAACCUGAGCACCAUGUUGGGGGCGCUGAGCAAAAAGCAGGAAGACGACUGGGUGAAUGUGGUUAUGAAGGUGAUGGAGCUGGAAGGGAGCACCAAGCAGAUGGAGACCCGGCUCAUCGGUGCCGAGAGCAAGUACUCCGAAAUUAACAGCCAGAUAGACAUCAUGCAGUUGCAGGCAGCCCAGAUGGUCACACAAACCUCAGCUGAUGCUGUCUAUGACUGCUCAUCCCUUUACCAGAAGAAUUAUAGAAUCUCUGGGGUUUACAAGCUGCCUCCUGAUGAAUUCUUGGGGAGCCCCGACCUAGAGGUGCACUGCGACAUGGAGACAGAUGGUGGUGGCUGGACCAUCAUCCAGAGGCGCAAAGUUGGCCUGAUCUCUUUCAACAGAGAUUGGAAACAAUACAAGGAAGGAUUUGGCAACAUCCGGGGAGAUUUCUGGCUAGGGAAUGAAAAUAUCUAUCGGCUCUCCAGACGCCCAACCAUGCUGCGAGUAGAGCUGGAGGACUGGGAAGGCAACAUCCGCUACGCACAAUAUAACCAGUUCACCUUGAGCAAUGAGUUGAAUAGCUACCGCCUUUUCCUGGGGAACUACACCGGCAACACAGGGCAUGACUCCCUAAGGUACCACAACAACACAGCCUUCAGCACCAAGGACAAGGACAACGACAAGUGCGUGGAUCACUGUGCCAAGUUCCGUAAAGGUGGAUACUGGUACAAUUGCUGCACAGACUCCAACCUGAAUGGGGUUUACUACCGCAAAGGGGAAAACACCAAAAACAUGGAUGGAAUCACCUGGUAUGGCUGGCACGGCUCAACUUACUCCCUGAAAAGAGUCGAGAUGAAGAUCCGGCCAGAGGACUUCAAACCCUAGGGGGAACCAACACUCAAUUGUAAAGCUACGGUGACACUGCUGCACUGAGGGGAAACAGCCUGGAAUCUCAAAACCAGCCACUGAAAUGGUUUACUUCAUCCAGAAAGUGUGCGAAUGCAAGGGCUAUAUACACUGACUAUGCAUCACACAUUAGUUCUGAGGCAGACAUAGGAGAGAGGAAAGGCACCAACAUUACCAUGGCUCAGCCCAGUUCUCUUCUCUUAAGGCACUCUCUCCCCAACAGGAUACACACUAUGUUAGAAUAGGCACAUCCUGCAGUAGCAGCAGCUUCAGGAAAGAUAUGUUGUGGUUACACUAGCACUGGGACUUACAGUGCCUUAUUGAUUGACCAGUUAGAGUUUAGGAAAAAUGCAGCUUUUACCCUCCUUUUUGCCAUCUCUGUAGCAUUUAGAUUUUAAGAGUGAAUACAAAUCUUGCCAAGGAAGAUAGUUUCUACUAAGACCCAAGAAACAGAGGAAAGGGGCUUUUAUUUCAAACCCUUCAAACAACUUAGAAAUAUCCACAAUGAGAUGUUCCUCCAGUGCAUGUUAAUUGCCCCAUUCUCCCCAUGCAGGAAAAGCUAGGUUGAAACUUUAGGCAAUUGCAUGUUGCACCUGCUCUUUCCUGAAGUCUCAUCACCACUUUCCGGCCACUAGUCACAGGAAAACACCCAUGCAAGACUAUACUUCCAGGAAGAGUACUUUCUGGGAAAGACCUCAAGUCCCAUCUGCUCUAGGCUAUGUGGAGGUGGGAGAUCUAUACUAGAAAGCACACAAGGGACUGGGAUGCAACUCUCUGAGUUGCAAUGAACUGAUUUUCAACUUUACUAGUGUUCCUCUUGGAACACAGAAGGGCCAUUUUGUGCCACCUCAUCAUACUAUCAGCAAGACCAGGAGCGAACAGGGAGCAAACAUAGCCAGAAGCUUUUUAACAUUGACACUGU